AUGGCUCGUGCGAGCAUGGCAAGUGACGCAGCGACGAUGGACGUGGAUACGGCGCUGAGCAUGUCGAGUUCAGACGCCGCUGCAUCCUCGUCGCAGGUACACGUCCUGUCGCCCCAACCGGCAGCCGACGACCCGUUUCCCACGGCGGGCCCGGCGUCGACGCACAUGCGCAAACGCGACGCACCAGGCGACUCGGUCGCGGUGACCACGACCAAUGUACGCUACGCUAUCGGUCUUCUUGGCUCGUGCUUCACGGCGCCCCAGGGCACGUACCUGUGUACGUCGCCGUCGAUGCAGCCUACGUUUAACAACUCGUGGCUCGCCACAACGCCGGGUCUCGCGAUCGAUACGACCGGCAUGCUGCCCGCACUGCACGCCGAGCCGUCGUUGGUCCUUGUAUGCCUUCUUGUCUUGAUCCUCGCGAGUGGCCUGCAGGUGCGGCGCGUCCACCUCGAGGCAUGCAAGGCGACGUGCACGCUACCAACCCGCCGCCUCCUCGCCGCGCUGCGCAUCUGCACCUAUGUCCAGGACGGCGCGGCAGUCGUCCUAUUUGUCCUCAUGAUCUACCUGCGCAUCCAAGUCUCGCACGCGAACGACGCGUUUAAUACGACCAACGGAAAGCGCGCGAUCGGCGCGCCGGCGCUCGCACACCCCGGCGUGGUCCCUACCCCCCUCACGCUCGACGCCAAUGUCGGCACGGCCUUUAGCUGCGUGUGCAUCUCUUCUGUGCUCUUUUGCGCGCUUGCGCGCUGGGAGCGCAUGCGCCUCGCGCGCGAGACGCCGCUCGAAGGCACGGACGAAGAGGCGGACCAGCGGUGGUCGCGCUUUAUGCGCAUGCCCAUGACCGAGACCCUGCGGCCCACCUCGCGGCCCAUUACGAUUUCCGCGCCGCGCCCUAUAUAUACGCCCGACUCGGUCCCGGUCAAGCACGAGGCGUGGAUGGGAAUCGAGCGCCGGCGCCUGCACCCCUACCCCGACGUGCACCUCCGCACGGACCUCGCUUAG